CUCUUGAAUAUCCUUAUCUGACAGCAAAGUAUGUCUGACAACAGCAAGAUAUCAGUUGCAGAUCCCGAAUUAGCAGAUCAGUCUAUGAGAAAUAGAGUGCGAGGAUUUGCAGCAGGUGUCGCCUCAGGCAUAACCAAGUUAGCUGUAGGGCACCCUUUCGAUACUGUAAAAAUUCGCCUACAAACAACAAGCAAAUCACACUUCAAAGGACCCUUAGAUUGCUUAUUGAAAACUUUGAAAAAUGAAGGGCCUACAGCGUUAUAUAAAGGUGCAACACCACCUUUAAUAGGCUGGAUGUUUAUGGAUAGCAUUAUGUUAGGGACUCUACAUAAUACUCGAUUGUUUUUACAGAACAACUGGAAUGGAAAAGAUAAACCUCUGAGCCUCUUUCAGCAUGGCUUGGCAGGGCUAGCAGGGGGCCUCACCGUGUCAUUUGUAGCUACUCCUGUCGAACAUAUCAAAGCAAGAUUACAAGUACAGUACAAUAACGGCAAAACAAAAGUAUACAAAGGUCCCAUUGAUUGUGUUCGGAAAGUGGUUAAAAACAAUGGUAUAUUUGGGCUAUGGCAAGGCCUAACACCUACAAUGCUAUUUAGAAGCUGGUUUUUUGUUUUCUGGAGUUCAUACGAGAUCUUUACAAGAGAACUGAAGAAACGUACCAGUUUAGAUGCAGGUAGCAUAUCUUUCAUUGCGGGUGGUGGUAGUGCCACUGCUUUCUGGUUAGGUGCAUUUCCUGCAGACAUGGUGAAGAACCGAUUUAUGACACAACCUGAUGUGACACCCAAGCUAUUUCCUACACCAACAUCAGUCGCUAAAUAUGUAUACCAAACGGAAGGGUUAAGAGGUUUUUACAGAGGGUUUCUACCGUCAUUUCUACGCGCAUUUCCAACAAAUGCUUCUGCUGUUUUUAUGUUUGAACUGGUCAUGCGCUUAUUAAGUGUAAACAACAGCCGAUCAAAUACUGAUGAGCUUUCCGAUGAGAUUUAAUGUCGAUCAGCCGUUCUUACCUCGCUACCUCACCUUUUACCCUAUGAAGAUUGGAUAAUAAAAUAAUUUAAGAAUGAUUUGAAGCAACAAGGUAGGGAUUUGAUCAUUUACUGUAAUAGCAGUAAGUUAGGGUGGAUCAGUAAAUAAUGUGGUAAAGUCUAGAUCGCCUUAUUGCAAUUGUUUUAAGUUUGAUCGAAACUUAAAACAAUGCCUGAUUUAAACUCGUAGCUGCCUUUAUAUUCAUUA